GCGGGCGGGGGCGGCCUCGCGGCCGGGAGGGCCUCUGCGCAGCCGGGCCCCAGCGUCCCGGCCUCCCUUAGCGGCGGGAAUGCCCUGCCCUCCCUCCCGGCUUGCCUCUGCCUGCGGCACGUCUGCCCGAUCCACCGCCGCCCUCUCCCCGGCUCCCUUUAUCUGGCUCCCUCUGGCACCCAGAACACGGAAACAGAAGGAAAUGGCCCUCCGAGAAAGCUGUCACUUUCACUGUCGCAAAGAAGCUCGCGCCGGGAGCCCCUCCUUUAGCUUGGGUCGAAGAGCCGGGCUCGGUCAGGUUGUUUCCGUUUAACUGUAGUGUUUCUCCCAGCCUCCUAACAUCCUUCUCUGCUCUGGUCCAGCCUCUCUUAAUGGUCUAUGUGGCAGUGUUUCGGCAAGAACAAGGCUUUAUGUAGGUUUAACGACCUACCGAGGCCUUCCUUCCACAGCCAUUGCACGGACAUCUCCCAGGGGCUAGGCACCGUGUGAAGUGCUAGAGUGACAGCGUUGACCGAGACAGAUUCAGUCCUUCUGGAGACGGUUGUGGCUGUCAGAAGUCUAAAAUGGACCAGCAGGGAAGAAUCUACAUACUUGCCUUUUCUAGCUUCUAGAGGCACCUGCAUUCCUUGCUGGUGGCCCCACAUUACACCAAUCUCUGCUUCUGUCGUCGGCAUCUCCUUCUCUCACUCUGACCCUCCUGCCUUCCUCUUAUAAGACCUGUGGGAUUACAUUUGGCCCACCUGGAUAAUCCAGGAUAAUCUUCCCAUCUCAAGAUCCUUAAUCACAUCUGCACAGUCGUUUUUGCCGUGUAAAGCAGCAUAUUCACUGGUUCUGAGGAUUAGGAUGUGGACAUCUUUGGGGGACCAUUAUCCUGUCUACCACAGAUAGUAAUUCCAGCCUAACAGAAAUGUAAUAUGCAUUAUAUAAGAUGCAUGUUCUAAUCAUGUGCCUUUGUAGGCUUCAGUAGACUUUCUGUAUAAUAGAUAUUGGAGACCAGUUAGAUAGUGGAUAAUAUUAAAUACACUUGGGAUUUUAUACAGUGAAACUUCAUAAUAUUUCCCUCAAAGAAUAAGUUCCUACAUAUAAUAUUGGAAAAGGCUUCUAAAAAACAUUAAAGGUCUCAUGCUGCUGCUCUUUUUGAAGAAGCUCUUUACUAAUUUUUUAUCAAGUCUUUGUAAUUAGCUACAAAGUAGGUAUUUAGGUAUAUAUCAUUCUACUUUAUGAAUUUUUUAAAAGCGCAAGGAAAAGUGACCACAUGUAAGACCACUCAGCAAAUCAGAGGACAGACAGAGCCGGUGAUUAGAGCUUCCAGGUGGGCAUUUGGGUUCAUGAUCUUCGUAUCUGCUUGACAACUCUGUCUCCUGUAUCUCCAUAUAGGACUAUUACUAAGCCUCGUAGAGAUUAAAGUGUAUUUGAGUGUGACAGCUGCACAAGAAGUGAAAAGUAAUAAGGAAGGUGCAGGGACUCCAGGAAGUAGACCCUGCAUACGGUUAAUGAAACUUAUCUGCCAUCUUGCCCAAUUAUCCUAUGUCAAAGAUGCUCUUAUUUUCUGUGUUUAAACGUUUCCAUAACGUUGGUCACAAGGGGUUAUAUCAACCCACUUCCAGUGCCAUAUGCUGUUGGGCAACUGGAUUUCUUUUUAACCAAGCAAUGGAAAAAGGCAAUGACCAAAAAUUGUCCUGUAUUGCAAAAAGGGCAAGUCAUUUCAUAAAAGGAGCAACUGAAACUUUUAAAUCUAUAUCUGUUAAGUGGAUUAAAGUAUUAUGUUAAUUUUUAACUUUUAGGCUAUCAUUAAAAAUGUCAAAUGAUUCUCCAGUUUCUAAGUGUAUCAAGACCAAAUAAUGAAUUUUAAAAUUGAAAAAAUAUUUAAUCUAGAAAGCAAGUGGCAUUAUGUCUACUACUGGGGGAAAAGGACAUCUUGAAUGGUUGAAAUGAAGAUAUCGAGAGACAGUGACUCCUGACCCGGAAAAGGAUUUUGAAACCUAACAGCGGUUAAUCAGGCACUGCCUUAACCUCAGCCCACCACUCAGGCUGUCUGAAAUCUGAAGAAUAUUAGAUCCGUCAGAGUGAAAAGCAGUCCUCUGCCAGUUCCUCCACAGCGCUCGAGCCAAGUUCCCCACCAGCCCUGCAUCUGCAGGAGUGUCACUAGAUCACUGCAGCUCCAACUUGGAUCAGGGCGGGCUCAGCUCCACAUAGCGUCCUUCCAGAAACCUGGGCUGAGAGAGCCUCCACCCUCAGGGACACCCCAGUCAUCGUGGUGGAAAGAGAGCAUGGCAAGUUGCCCAUCUAAGCAUUUAUACAGGGAGUCUCUAUAAAGAGCUGCCUGCCAGCUGCCCUUCCCCAGAUCCUGAAUGCACUCCUGGCUGGGUGGAGCAGAGAACAGUCACUCUACUGGUCAUGCUGAGCUCAUACUCUGAUGGCUGUUCCAUGAGGUCAAGGCUGGGUCCCUUCCCUUCUCCUGCUUUACCAAUGCCUGGUCUCAUGGGGUUAGUUUUGAGCCCAACACCAUGGCAUCGUCAUCCUCCUUCCCAGCUCCUCGAUCCCGGUCCAGGAAGCCUCUGGGCAAGAUGGCUGACUGGUUCAGACAGGCCCUGUCGAAGAAGCCCAAGGUACCUGUCUCUCCAGAAAGCACCCCUAGUGAUGUGUCACAGCCGAGCUCACAGGACAGCAACCCACCUCAGUGCCUCAGCUCAGUCGUGUCUCCCACUCCACCACCAACACACAUGGGCACCAGCAGUAGCAGCAGCAGCAGCGGCCGCUGGAGCAAGGACUAUGACGUCUGCGUGUGCCACAGUGAGCAGGACCUGGUGGCCGCCCAGGAGCUGGUCUCCUACCUGGAGGACAGCCCUGCCGGCCUGCGCUGCUUCCUGCAGCUUCGGGAUGCAACCCCAGGUGGUGCCAUUGUGUCUGAGCUGUGCCAGGCACUGAGCAAUAGUCACUGCUGUGUGCUGCUUAUCACCCCAGGCUUCCUCCAGGACCCGUGGUGCAAGUACCAGAUGCUGCAGGCCCUGACCCAGUCCCCCGGGGCAGAGGGCUGCACCAUCCCCCUGCUGUCAGGCCUCACCAGAGCCGCCUACCCCGCUGAGCUCCGAUUCAUGUACUUCGUGGACGGCCAGGGCCCUGACCACGGCUUUCGCCAAGUCAAGCAAGCUGUCAUGCGUUAUCUGCAGACCCUCAGCUGACACUUGUUAUAUCACCAGGGGCCCCAGAAAGUUGGAGCAAAGUUGGAAAUCAAGUUAGAAAGCCCAGGGCCCGGCAGGGCCUUGGGUUCCAGCAGAUGUGAUAAGGUGUAAGGAGCCAGUUAGCAGCACUUUGUAUGUGAUCCUGGGAUCAGAUUGUGCCUCAGGCUUGCAUUACUGUGGGCUCCCCAGGAAGGCCACGGGGAUGCUGGGGACUCCCCCAGGAAGGCCAUGGGGAUGCUGGGGACUCCCCCAAGAAAGCUGUGGGGAAGCUGGGGACUCCCCAGGAAGGCAGUAAGGAAGCUGGGGACUCCCCAGGAAGGUCAUGGGGAAGCCAGAAAUUGGAGGUGGGAGGAGGAGGAGGUGCUGAUACCAAGAUGAUUACCAACGUUUUGCCUCCUGCCUAACUGGACAUGAAGCCUGGCGUAUACCUGUGUCUUCCUCCCCUGGAGUCGGGCGCUGGUGUAGAGAAGCAUUUCUCCUCAAGAGGCGACUCACCUGAUUAAUGAGCUGGAAGCCUGGACUGUGUGCCUCAGCGUGUAUGGUUUUCCCAGUCGAGCAUCGAGUCCUUCACACUCACUUUACUGCCUUUCUCUUUCCCAGGGACAUCAUUCAUUUCAGUAAGCUACAUGAAGAUGCAUUCAGCACUGUACUCCAUUUAUUUUUAUUGCAUGGGUGUCAUUGAAGACUCAAACCUAGAAACCGUUCUGAAUAGAAGGAGAGGGCAGGGACCAGGUAGGGUGAAGAGGAGGAAAGCUCAGACCUUCACCUGGCAUCAAAAGCCCACCCACUGAUGCUUUGACUUAGGGGGGCCUCAUCAGGGGUCUGGCUGGAGCUCACGCUUUUACCUCUGCACUGAGAGGGACUGGCGUUUUUCUUCUGGCAGCUGACUAUGCACCUUGUAGGACAGGCAAGGUUUCAUUCAUCAGUUCUCAAUAAAAUUUUUCUUUGCCACAGCCACCUCCCCCUACUCAAUAAAAAUUUGUUGUUGAACCAAAAUGAA